CCGGCCCGGUGCGGGAGCCGGGCAGCGGCGCGGAGGCGGCGAAAGAGAAAGGCAGCCUGGAGGGAGGGAGCGCCGAGCCACAGACUAGCGCUGCAGAUUCUCCACCGUCCUCUCGCACCCACCAAGCGGCGGCAGUGGCAGUGUCUAGGAAUAGAGAGCUAGAAAUAUAAAACCAACCCGCUCCUGCACCAUGGCUUUCCAAAGUAGGCUCCCUUCUUGGAUUAUUUUGUGCUCCGUCUGGCUGUUCCGCUUUGCACACACGGGGGAGGCACAGGCUGCAAAAGAAGUAAUAUUGCUGGACUCUAAAGCACAACAGACAGAGUUGGAAUGGAUUUCCUCUCCUCCCAAUGGGUGGGAAGAAAUUAGUGGACUGGAUGAAAACUACACUCCUAUACGAACAUACCAGGUAUGCCAGGUGAUGGAAUCAAACCAAAACAACUGGCUUCGGACUAACUGGAUUGCAAAAAGCAAUGCACAAAGGAUUUUUGUAGAACUGAAAUUCACUCUGAGGGAUUGUAACAGUCUUCCUGGAGUUCUGGGGACUUGUAAAGAAACUUUUAACUUGUAUUAUUAUGAAACAGACUACGACACUGGCAGGAAUAUCCGAGAAAACCAAUAUGUAAAAAUAGACACUAUUGCAGCAGAUGAAAGUUUUACCCAGGGUGAUCUUGGGGAGAGAAAAAUGAAACUUAACACAGAGGUGAGAGAAAUAGGACCUUUGUCCAAAAAAGGAUUCUAUCUUGCAUUUCAGGACGUAGGGGCCUGCAUUGCUUUGGUCUCUGUCAAAGUCUACUACAAGAAGUGCUGGUCCAUCAUUGAGAACUUAGCUAUUUUUCCCGACACAGUGACUGGCUCAGAGUUUUCCUCUCUAGUUGAAGUGCGAGGAACUUGUGUCAGCAGCGCGGAGGAGGAGGCGGAGAACUCGCCGAAGAUGCACUGUAGCGCGGAGGGAGAAUGGUUAGUGCCUAUUGGAAAAUGUAUCUGCAAAGCAGGAUACCAGCAGAAAGGAGACACGUGUGAACCUUGUGGCCGUGGGUUCUACAAAUCCUCCUCACAAGAUCUGCAGUGCUCCCGCUGCCCUACUCACAGCUUCUCUGACAAGGAGGGAUCUUCCAGAUGCGAGUGUGAAGAUAGCUAUUAUAGAGCACCUUCUGAUCCACCAUAUGUCGCAUGCACAAGACCUCCAUCUGCACCACAGAACCUAAUUUUCAAUAUCAACCAGACUACUGUGAGUUUGGAGUGGAGUCCUCCUGCUGACAAUGGGGGAAGAAGUGAUGUGACCUACCGCAUUUUGUGCAAGAGGUGCAGCUGGGAGCAGGGCGAGUGUGUUCCCUGUGGGAGUAACAUUGGAUAUAUGCCCCAGCAAACUGGAUUAGUAGAUAACUAUGUCACUGUCAUGGACCUGCUAGCUCAUGCUAACUACACGUUUGAAGUUGAAGCUGUGAAUGGGGUUUCUGACUUGAGUCGUUCCCAGAGGCUUUUUGCAGCUGUCAGUAUUACCACCGGCCAAGCAGCUCCCUCGCAAGUUAGUGGCGUAAUGAAAGAAAGAGUGCUGCAGAGAAGCGUGGAGCUUUCCUGGCAGGAGCCAGAACAUCCCAAUGGAGUCAUUACUGAAUAUGAAAUCAAGUAUUAUGAGAAAGAUCAAAGGGAGAGGACCUAUUCAACAGUGAAAACCAAGUCCACUUCAGCUUCUAUUAAUAACCUAAAGCCAGGAACAGUGUAUGUUUUCCAGAUUCGUGCUUUUACUGCUGCUGGUUAUGGAAAUUACAGCCCCAGACUGGAUGUUGCCACACUGGAAGAAGCCACAGCCACAGCUGUUUCCAGUGAGCAGAAUCCUGUUAUUAUCAUAGCUGUGGUUGCUGUGGCAGGAACAAUCAUCCUGGUCUUCAUGGUGUUUGGAUUCAUCAUCGGACGAAGGCAUUGUGGCUAUAGCAAAGCAGAUCAAGAAGGGGAUGAAGAACUUUACUUUCAUUUUAAAUUUCCAGGCACCAAAACCUACAUUGACCCUGAAACCUACGAGGACCCAAAUAGAGCUGUCCAUCAAUUCGCCAAGGAGCUAGAUGCCUCUUGUAUUAAAAUUGAGCGUGUGAUUGGCGCAGGAGAGUUUGGUGAAGUGUGCAGUGGACGUCUAAAGCUUCCUGGCAAGAGAGAUGUUGCAGUAGCCAUAAAAACUCUGAAAGUUGGCUACACUGAAAAGCAGAGGAGAGAUUUCCUGUGUGAAGCAAGCAUCAUGGGGCAGUUUGACCAUCCCAACGUGGUUCACCUAGAAGGAGUCGUUACUAGAGGGAAACCAGUCAUGAUUGUAAUAGAAUACAUGGAGAAUGGGGCCUUAGAUGCAUUUCUUAGGAAACAUGAUGGGCAAUUUACUGUCAUUCAGCUAGUGGGAAUGUUGAGAGGAAUUGCUGCUGGAAUGAGAUAUUUGGCCGAUAUGGGAUAUGUACACAGGGAUCUUGCAGCACGCAAUAUUCUUGUCAACAGCAACCUUGUUUGUAAAGUAUCAGACUUUGGCCUUUCCAGAGUUAUAGAAGAUGAUCCAGAGGCUGUCUACACUACAACCGGUGGAAAAAUUCCAGUGAGAUGGACAGCUCCAGAAGCCAUUCAGUACCGCAAAUUUACAUCAGCCAGUGAUGUGUGGAGUUAUGGAAUAGUUAUGUGGGAAGUAAUGUCUUAUGGAGAGCGGCCUUACUGGGACAUGUCAAAUCAAGAUGUUAUAAAAGCAAUCGAAGAAGGCUAUCGUUUGCCAGCACCCAUGGAUUGCCCAGCAGGACUGCACCAGCUGAUGCUGGAUUGCUGGCAGAAGGAGCGCGGUGAAAGGCCAAAGUUUGAGCAGAUAGUUGGCAUUCUGGACAAAAUGAUUAGAAAUCCAAACAGCUUGAAAACCCCACUGGGAACCUGUAGCAGACCAAUUAGCCCUCUUCUGGACCAGAACACUCCCGAUUUUACCACUUUCUGCUCCGUAGGCGAAUGGUUACAAGCUAUUAAGAUGGAAAGAUAUAAGGAUAAUUUCACAGCAGCAGGCUACAACUCUCUUGAAUCAGUUGCCAGGAUGACUAUUGAAAUCAAAAACAUGCCAGGUGCUUUGCAAAACAGAGAACAAGAAAAAUCCCUUUCCAGAAGAGAUGACAGCCUGAAUAGAAAUGGCAUAAUGGCAGGAGACAAAAGAAGCAGAAAGGGGAAGCAAAACAAGAGUUAUAACCAUAAGAUCAUGAGAUUGGUUUGGAGGCACAGUGAACGCUAUGAGGCAUUUUUUUAAAGCCCAUAAGGACUGUAGUUGGGAUUAGAGAAUGGAAAUGUAGAAAAGAAGCAUGGAAAGGAAUGGAGAAGAAGGGAGGAACAGACUGGCAACAGGAGGAAGAGUAAACAGAGGUGUAUGGGAGAGGCCAGAACACACAUCUGACAAACUGAGGAUUAUGACUAAUGACAAGAAUGAAAGACCACAUCUGAAGAGCAUGAUGAUUUCAGGAGGAUGGCGAAGCAGGACAUGGCGAUGCUGCUAGGGAGAGAAGAGCCAGCAAAGCUGCCCUGGAAGCCUGCCCUGGAAGCUCCUCACGCUAACAUAACCCUGCUUCCCCAUCUUCUUUCUAGCUCCCCUCUUAUACAUAAAAUAUGUAUAUAGAAGAGCAAAGGAGAAGGAGAAGCAGCUAAAUAAACUUUUCCAAAGAUCCUGCUGGGGAAGAAGUUUAAGAUGGGAUGAUACAGAUUUACUCCUACUGAUACUGCUCGUAGUGGCAAUAGGCAGAGAGCAUUCUGUUAGUCAUACUCCUGCAGAUGAAUCUAUGUGAGUCUUUGCCUCUGCUUACAAAUAGGCCCUGUUGAGAAAUACUCAGCAAAAUUAUAAUGCUCCAGCCAAUCUGGGACAUUUUAAAAUGUCCUUUCAUUCUAGAACAGAAAGAAGCAGAAAUUAUACCACUCACAGU